AUGCUGCAAUUAUCAACAUCAAAACCUGUGGGCAACGAUAACAUAAAGCAUUUCUCGACUUUCUUUAUGUUCAAAAGUUUGCGCCUAUUCAUGUCUCUGAUCGGUGUUCAUGGCGCGUCCGAGAAGACCGCCUCGAACCCUGUAGGCGCUGCAUGUGGGCAUCGCCCGAACCACGUUGAUCAAGUGGGGAUUGUCCGACAUGCCUGUGCCUCGGCCACGGCGUCCGCAUGUCCGCGAAAAGCCGUUGGCAACCACAGUCGCGCCGGCCGAGCUCUCGGUGUCAACUUCGGGACCCGAUUCCGCUGGAGCAGUAUCGACACCUCGCUGUAG